AUGGCUGAACGGUAUCUGAUCUCCAAGGCAACGGUGCUCGAGGGCGCAGCGGUGCCUGAGCUAGUGAAGCUCAAGCAGGCGCGGGAAGAGAAGCUUGCAGCGGAGAAGAAGCAGGCCCUUGACGAGAAGAAGAAGCAGCGCGAGGAGGAGCGUGCAAAGCUCAAGGAACGUACGGAGGCAUACGAGAAGGAGUAUGCAGACAGCGCUUCGGAGCUCGUGAAGCUCCGCCGAGAGGCCAAGCUCAACGGAAACUUCUUCGUGGAGCCCGAGGCAAAGCUGCUGUUCGUGGUCCGCAUUGCGGGCAUCAUCAAGAUGAGCCCAAAGCCUAGGAAAGUGCUUCAGCUGCUGCGACUGAAGCAGCUGCACAACGGCGUGUUCCUGAAGGUGAACAAGCCCAUCCUCAACAUGCUGAAGCUUGUCCAGCCAUACGUGACCUACGGCUACCCGUCGCUGAAGACGGUGCGAGAGCUCGUCUACAAGCGCGGCUUCGGCAAGGUGAACAAGCAGCGCUUGCCCCUGGCGUCCAACGACAUCAUCUCGGACAACUUGGGCAAGUAUGGCAUCCACGGCAUGGAGGACAUCAUCCACGAGAUCUACACCGUUG